CUUCCUUACCCCACAUCGUCGCCAUGAGCGUUGGAGGAGGCAAGAAGUCGAGCAGUCGCAAGCGCAAUGGCAAGAAGCCAGAGGGUUACGGCGCUGCCCAAUCCCCACCCUUCAUCGUCGAUAUGCCUGGCGAGGGCAGCGGCGUACAGGCGGGCAAAGAAGCUGCCGAGACUUCUGCUCAGCAAGUCGCUCGCUCCUACCGCAUCCUCCUCAAGCCGUCGAAUGCAGAGCGAGAGGGGCGUGAGGGGCGUGAGGGGCGUGAGGGGCGUGAGGGGCGUGAGAAGCAUGAGGAGCAUGAUCAGCAGGAGUUGCGGGAGUCGCGAGAGUCGCAGCAGUUGCUGAAGUCGCAGCAGUCGCAGCAGUCGCGGGACCCACAGAAGCCACAAAGCCCGCAGCAGCCACAGGAGCAGCAACCACAGAAGCAGCAGUCACAAGAGCAGAAGCCGCGAGAACAACAGAAGCGAGAGCAGCAGACACGAGAGCAGCAGACACGAGAGCAGCCGCUACGAGAGCAGCCGCAACGAGAGCAGCACCAACGAGAGCAGCCGCAACGAGAGCAACCGCUACGAGAGCAGCACCAACGACAGGAUCCUUCAAAGCCGCGCCCACCUUUGCCAGGCUCGCCCAGCAUACCAAGCAAGGAGCCAAAGCAGCAGCCAACGCAGCAGCCCUCGCGGCAGCCCUCGCAGCCCUCGCAGCCCUCGCAGCCCUCUCUGCAACACUCGCAGCCCUCGCAGCCCUCGCAGCCCUCUCUGCAACACUCGCAACCCUCCUCGAAAGGCUACCUGCCCUCUCAACGGGCGCACAAGGCCUUGGCGCUCAAGACGGCAGCCAGCCUCAACGCUACACCAGCUUCUACCCCUGCAAAGUCAGCAGCAAGCGCCCGCACAGCUCCAGCCGCCUCCUCGCCUUCCACCGCAGACUCGUCAUCAACUGCAAGCAGCUCGAAGCCCAAAAGCACCCUCUUGCAGGCGCUUACGGCCCGCUCCGUGGAGCCAGAGCUGCGUAAGUCUGAACGCUCUACACUCGGAGCCAAGCGUGACGCCUCUGCAGCUCCUUCGCCCGGCCGCGUCGCCAAAGCCCUUCGCACGACGAGAGCCCACCUCGAGCUUCGGAUCCCACCCACAGUAGAGGACCUGGCGAGCAUCGAGGAGGCAAGCUUUCGUGCCGAUAUUGGAGAGAAGAUCUGGCUCGACCGCAUCGCGGAGGGUCUCAACGGCCUGUAUAAGCUACAUCAUGGCUAGCGCGUCGUGUCUACACCCCGACACCACACGCAUCUACACCCCGCACGAAUACAAGUUGUUUCGCGUCCCACCCUGCGCCAUGAGAUGGUCAAGAGCGAUUUGAU